ACAGGGCGCCCUCCUGAGCGGCCGGACCUCAGCCAGGAGGAAGCUCGCACUCCGAGCGCGCAUCCUGCGGGCGCGGGUCAUGGCGCGGCUCCCGAAGCUCGCGGUCUUUGAUCUGGAUUACACGCUCUGGCCUUUCUGGGUCGACACGCACGUAGAUCCCCCGUUCUACAAGAGCAGUGAUGGGACUGUACGAGAUAGGCGGGGCCAGAACGUCCGACUGUACCCAGAGGUGCCUGAAGUUCUGGAACGAUUGCACGGCCUUGGGGUGCCGGUCGCGGCCGCUUCACGGACAAGUGAGAUAGAAGGGGCCAACCAGCUACUGGAGCUCUUUGACCUUGUCAGAUACUUUGUUCAUCGGGAAAUCUAUCCGGGCAGCAAGGUCACACACUUUGAGAGGUUGCAGCAGAAGACUGGAGUUCCUUUCUCCCAGAUGAUCUUCUUUGAUGAUGAGUGGAGGAAUAUUGUAGAUGUCAGCAAACUGGGUACUGAGUGGUGUUACUUGCAUUCACGUCCAAAACGGAAUGAAUCUACAAACCUUAACUCAAGGAUUAGAGAUGUUUGCAAAAGCCCAAAUUGGGCCCUGGGGUCCAGCCCUAUGAAUGAGCCUCAUUUGAGGCCUAAAACUGAAAGGAAAUCAAGAAGGCAUUUUCAGGGAAGGAGGAGAAGGGGCCAACCCCUGAAGCAGCAAUACAGCAACUGAAGGAGACAGAAAAGAUACUGAUCA